AUUGAGUUGUAAUAUCGUUCAUAGUUGAUUCUAAAAUCCAGCGAGCAACAGCAUUUUACAUUAACAAGAGUGAGUUAGAGAAGAGGGAGAAGAAGAAAGAGCAACGACGAUGCUGGAGUUGGUGUUGUUGUACAAGAACCCAUUGCUACAGAUAUCACUAACCCUAAUUAUUGGUUUCACCUUCGCCCUCUUCAAAGUCCCUCUCCUCUUCCUCUACGGUCUCCAGACCUACAUCCACCCUGAUUCCCAGCCGCAAUCCAACGGCGCCAGAGCCGCCAUCCGCCGCCCCGGCGUCGACGGAUACCAACCCUUGUCGGCCAAAACCGCUGCCGAACUCAAAAAGAGGAACAAGUCGAAGGACAAGUCCGAUUUCGACGAAAACAAUGCUCAGAUCUUCAGAAUCCGACUCAACCAGGAUCACCUCCAGUCUCGUCUCUUCAUCGAUCAGUACUGCGUCGCUUUCACUCUCUCCUUCGCUGCCAUUCUCUCCCUUUUGCUCCACAACUUUCUCCAACCGCAGAACAAUCGGGGCUUCUUCGCCAACGGCGUUUUCCUUCCGUUUGCUUUGUCAAUUUUGAGUCUUUACACGUGGGGGACGCUGCUGGCUAGGGUCACGUUCGAGAGAUCCGCGUCCAGGAGGUUUGAUAAGAAUUUGAGUGUUGUUUUGGGGGUUUUGGGGCUUUUCUUAGGACUUUUGUUUGUUCCUGAGGGUGUUUCGUUGGUUUUGGAGUUUCGUUUUGGGGUUCCCUUUGAUGGGUUUUGGAGGGUUUUCGUUGCUGCAUUGAUGGGUUGCCUUGCGGGGUUUUUGUUUAUUCCUGCUUCUAGAAGUGCUCGUUGUUUUUGGAUUGGGACUGAUCAGAUUCGUUGCAAUUUGUCCAUGAUGACUUGUGGGUGGUUUACCCGUGCGAUUCUUUAUGCAAAUCAGGCGUUUGUUAUAUUUGUGGCUUUGUUGUGGAUUACCCCGUUAGCUGAGGUUUUUGUAAAUAAGAGAGAUGGUGUGGCAAAGAGUGCAUUUGGCAAUGCAGAGAAAUUGGUGGGGAAUGUGGGGUUCUUGGCUUCUGAUUUUGAUAGGUUUAGGCAGUGGUGCUUGUUGGGGUCUAGUUUGUUGCAGAUUGUGGCUUUAAGGCCUAACAUUCAGAUGUAUCUGAAUGAAGCUCUCUUGUCUUGGUACCAAAGGCUUCAUGCUAGCAAGGUUCCUGACUUGGAUUAUAGUAGGGCAAAGAUGUUUCUGCAUAAUCAUUACUUGUGCCUUGUGGUUUUGCAAUUCCUUGCACCUCCUGUGCUUGUGCUUCUCUUCCUUGCCUUGUCUCAGGUUGAUGGUGUUUCCUUUGGAAAUAGGAGUUUUCCCUUGUUGAGUGGUUUACUGCCCAGCUUUGCUUUAUUCAAGGAAGUUGCUUUGUUUUUGGCUUGGUGGGUAACAUUUCUCUGGGCGCUGUUCUCUUCAGCUAUCCUUUUGCUGCAUCGCCAUUGUGUUUUAGGAGUGUUGCUCUGUUGGACUUGUAACUGAAGUUUUGCAGGAAACUAAAGCGUGAAGCUUGCUGUGAAUGAAAGUGAAAUGAUGAGUGACAAUCGGAAUUCUGGUAAUAAAAUAUUAAAACUCCUGUUGUGAAUUGUCUUAGUGUUUCAAGAAAUAAAAGGAUACUAAAUGACUUUGUUGCUGCAUACUAAUUAGUUCAUCAUCUGCUCCUGCUCUUGGUUUUACAUACUUUUAUGGGAGUGUACAUGUAAUAUGUACAAAUGACUCUCUGCUAUUGGCUUGUGUAUAGAAUACCGAUGAAAUGUUAAAAUUAACAAGGUAUUUAAAUUUAUGGUUGAGAGGCUGUCUUCACUUGUUAUUGUAUUGGAAUUGGAGUGUAUACAAAAUGGGGUGCGAGAUGGAACAUAUUGGGUGAGAACAUGAGAAAUAAGAAUAACUACUUAACUAGUCUUUACGAUUCAUCUAUUGUUGAUUGGUAAAAAAUUUAGCUGAUCUUAUUUCUUAUUUUCUCACUUGAUACACAACCAUUAGUCCAUGAUUUUGUUUUCCUGUAGCCGUUUUAGCUUCAUUAUGCCUAAGCCAAUUUCUAUGUUCAAGAGUAGGAAGCACCUUUAUGUUGAGACUGGAACUUUUGCUAUGGCAAUGGGUUUUAAUAAUUACUUUGCCAGCUUCACCGAUGAAAGAGUGGGAUUUGUUAGAGAAAAUUCCUUAUUCAGUAAUACGUUUCUAUUUGACUGGAGGUGUCUGUCUCAACUUUUUUUAAAUUGGCAUUCACAUUUCUAUCAUUCUUUCAA